AUGAGUAAGGAUAAUAAUGAUGAAAAUCUUGAAUAUUAUCAAGCAAAACAAGGUUCUGGACAAGUACCUGCCGCUAAAAAGGAAACAAGAAAAUCAUCAUCGUCAGACAAUUCUAAAUUACGCGCAAAGUCAGAUGGUUAUCUACCAAUGAAUGACUCACAAGAAAAACAACGUGAAUUUGAACGCUUUAAAGAAAUAACAUUUGCACAGAAAGCAAGUGAGAAAGCUAAAAAGAAUCCACUUAUACCUAUUGGAUUAUUAACAACAGUAGCUGCUUUAACAUUGGGACUUCGUGCAGUAUCUCGUGGCGAUAAAUGGCAAUCACAAAUGAUGAUGCGAGCUCGGAUCGGUGCCCAGGGUUUUACAAUUUUCGCUGUUCUUGCUUCAAUUAUGUAUGCUGGCCAGGCUGAACAAUCCAAACCAACACCUCCAAAAACAAAUCGUUCUUCUACAUCAUGA